ACAGCUUGAUGAAUUUGUGAUUUUUGUUAGGGAAAGCUAUACGAUGGAACAGAUAUAGCAGUGAAGAGACUCUCUAGUAGCUCAGGACAAGGCAUAAAAGAGUUCAAGAAUGAAGUCGGGUUGAUUUCGAAACUACAACACAGAAAUCUUGUUAGGUUAGUUGGUUGCUGUGUUGAAGGAGAAGAAAGGAUACUCAUUUAUGAAUUCCUGGCCAACAAAAGCUUGGAUAAUUAUCUCUUUAGUAGGUUUCAUAAAGAAAUUUUCUUUUCUCCCAUGGUUGCAUCACAUCACAUCUCAUCUCAUCAUAUCAUCUUUCUAACCAUCAAAUCUGAAUGCAUUUUAUUAGAUCCAACAAAAAGAGCAGAACUAUCUUGGGCAGAACGUUUCAACAUCAUCCAAGGGAUUGCUCAUGGGCUUCUUUAUCUCCAUCGCGAUUCUUGUUUAAGGGUUAUACACCGUGAUUUGAAGGUCGGCAACAUUCUAUUAGAUGACAAAAUGAACCCAAAAAUUUCAGAUUUUGGAUCGGCAAGGAUCUUCGAAGGGACACAAAAUCUGGCAAAGACACACAAGGUGGUUGGAACAUUUGGCUAUAUGUCUCCUGAGUAUGCAUUGGGUGGGAUAUUUUCUGAGAAAUCAGAUGUCUUUAGCUUUGGAGUUCUGCUAUUAGAGAUUGUUAGUGGCAAGAAGGUUACCAGGUUCCUCUAUGACAAUGAACAUCUAAGCCUUCUUUCCCAUGCAUGGCAACUAUGGAGUAAAGGCAAGGAGCUAGACUUAAUUGAUGAUGCACUGGCUGACUCAUUUUCCUCCACUGAAGUAAAGAGGUGCAUACAGGUUGCUCUUCUUUGUGUUCAGGACCAUGCUGAAAAUAGGCCAACCAUGGCAGCAGUGAUUUCCAUGCUAAGCAGUGAAACAGAGCUUCUGCAACCAAAAGAACCUAUUUUUACAUUCCAUAAUCCAUCAAAAUUUGAUCAACCCAGAGACAACAAUCCAUGCUCCAUUUGGGAGAUUACUCUGUCACUUGCUGAAGGUUGAUAACUUCUGAUUAGUGAAAUCCCACUCUUUUACUACUAUUAUUGUUAUUGUUAUUGAGAAUCAGUUGCUAGAUUAAAAAAAAUGUAAUUCCAAAAUAUAUGAAUUUGAAAAAU